GCAGGAUAUUUCUAUCUUAAUAAAAUGUAUAUUAUACUGUUAUACUUUUUUUUUAUUCUUUACAGUUCGCUAUGGCAAAUAUAUCUAUGUAUGGACAUGAAGUUUCCCGACAGUUUCAAAUUCGGAGCCGCGACAGCAUCAUAUCAAAUCGAGGGAGGCUGGAAUGCUGAUGGCAAAGGUGAACAUAUAUGGGACAGGCUUUCACACACUCCUGGAAAGAUUAGAGGUAAUGCAACAGGAGAUAUCGCAGCAAACUCUUAUGUGAAUUGGCGUGAAGACAUUAGAGUUGCAAAAGAAAUGGGUCUUCAGUUUUAUAGGUUUUCAAUAAGCUGGCCGCGUAUCCUCCCAACUGGUUUUCCCAACAAAUUCAACAAAGCCGGAGCAAAAUAUUACAGCGACUUCAUAGAUGGUCUUCUCGCUGAGGGCAUCGAACCUGUCGUAACGCUGUACCACUGGGAACUGCCAGUAAAAAUGCAAGAUAUGGGUGGUUGGACCAACCCUCUGAUAGUCGAUUGGUUUGGAAACUAUGCAAGGAUUGUGUACUCACUGUACGCUGACCGCAUCAAGACCUGGCUGACCAUAAAUGAAGCUAAUGUCGUUUGUGAUAUCGCGUACAACGUCGGCGCAUAUGCUCCAGCCAUCAAAGAACCUGACUAUGCUCCUUAUAUAUGCAAUAAACACAUAAUGCUAGCCCACGCUAGGGCUUACAGGAUAUUUGAUGAAGAAUUUAGGCCUAAAUAUAACGGAAAAGUUUCUCUUGCCAAUAACUUAAUGUGGAUCGAACCAUCCAUGCCCAAGGACGAAGAACUAGCAAAGUUGGCACGUGAAAACAUGGGAGGAAGAUACACACAUCCAAUAUUAUCAAAAGAAGGAGGUUGGCCACCUGCAUAUGAAAAGGCGAUGCUGAAAUACAGUCUGGAACAAGGUGAAACUGAAAGCAGGCUCCCUCCAUUUACCGAAGAAGAACGGAAAUAUGUAAAAGGUACAGCAGAUUUUUACGGUUUCAACUAUUACACCACUAAUAUGAUCAGACCAGCUAACCCCGGAGAAUUUCCUGGACAAUGGUUCAUAUCGGGUACGACAGAACUUAAUGGAGUGUUGGAACAGCCUCCCAACGCUUAUUAUGGUGCUUUGAAAGGAUUACCGGUUUAUCCAGAAGGUCUUCGUAAGCAGAUGGUGUGGUUAAAGGAACAGUAUGGAGACGUUGAUAUUAUGAUUACAGAAUGCGGGUACUCCACUACUGGCUACCAGCUCGAUGACUAUGAAAGAUCUGAAUUCUUCCAUGAACACUUGGAACAGACGCUUCUGGCUAUGAAGUUAGACAAUAUCAAUGUUAUAGGAUUCGCAGCGUGGUCGCUCAUAGACAACUUCGAGUGGCUAAAUGGAUAUUAUAUAAAAUUUGGUCUUUACGAAGUGGACUUUGAAGAUCCUGAGCGUAAGAGAACGCCGCGGGCUUCCGCUCUAUAUUACGAGUGCGUGGCCAAAAGCAGAACGCUCUAUAGAAACUGUCUUGAUCAGAACAAAGCUGCUGAGAGACGGUCACAAAACAGUGCCACCAAUAUAACUAACAGUGGAGUGUUAUUACUUAUACUGUUACUACUAAAUUUUAUUAAUAAUUAA